UCAGCUUUCCAAUGGAGGGACGUGAGGUUUGGGAUCUGUCCUAGCUGUGAGAGAGAGACUGAGAGAACGUGAAAAUUUUAGCCAAGGACACGUAGCACUCAUCUGCUUCCAAGCCGCCUUAUAGCUCGGGAAAGCCACUCAUUAGUAAACAACGAAUGGAAUCAGAAUACAACUCAUUUCACCUUCUCCCCCCUCCGUCCCAUACAAUAAAACAGUCCCCUGUUCUCAAGGUUCAUUUUUUCGCGGCCAUGGACGGUGCAUCAGAUUUAUUCUACUUUUUACCUUUCAUGGUGUUUCUAAUAUGGAUGCUCUUAGACUUCUCGAAAUCAAGGAGGGGGUUGUUUGUGAAACAAGAAGUCAGCUUCAUGUCUGAGAUUGUAGCUUUAUCUAACAUUCUAAUCUCUACACUAUACAUUGGUUCUUUCGCAUUUAAGGCUUGGAAAAUCGAAGCCAUUCCCAUGGACCUUCUCUUCAUCGCGCUUUCCUGGAUUAUUGCAACCUUUUUCACCAUUUAUAUUAAGGGAAGAGCCAAGGCUGGGAGCAGUGGCUGGCCCUGUGUUCUUGUAUCUUGGUGGGCUCUCUCUGGAAUGUUCCAGUUGUUUUCCAUAAUCAUUUACCUCACCAAGCAUUUUAAGCUGUUUGCAUUACCCAACUUCUUGCCAGCUGCAACUGUUGCCGAUUUUGUUUCUUUUCCUUUAUCCGUCUUCCUCUGUAUUGGUGCUUUUAGUAUGAACAUCCCUAGAGUUUCCAGCGGGCUAGAGAAACCUAUACUGCUUGAUGAUUAUGAAAAUGAAGAUGCCUCGACACGAACUUUGUCCAAUGCUGGAAUCUGGAGCAAGCUAACGUUUCGAUGGCUGAAUCCUCUCUUUGAGAAGGGCUGGUUUCAGAGAUUGGAGAUCCACCAUGUUCCCCGGCUACCCAACUCAGAGACAGCAGAAGCUGCAUACUCGAUGCUUCAGGAAUCGCUCCGGAGAGAGAAGCCAGAAAUUUCGACGCUUUGUAGGGCUGUUAUGAAUAUUAUAUGGAGACCUCUGGUAUUCAAUGCUGUUCUUGCUGGCAUCAACACAGUAGCUUCGUAUCUGUGCCUCUACCUGAUAACAAACUUUGUUGAAUUUCUAUCCAAAGAGGAUGAGAAGCGUAGCCAUGUACAUGGCUACAUGCUUGCAUUCACUUUCUUCUUUGCCAAAAUGGCGGAGUCCCUGUCUCAGAGGCACUUGUACUUCGGAGCGCGUCAAAUUGGUGUUCGAGUUCGAGCGGCACUAAUGGCGUCCCUUUAUAAAAAGGCUCUCACGAUCAAGUACUCAAAGAUGAGCGGGGGUAAUAUCAUAAAUUUUCUUGAUGUAGAUGUGGAAAGGAUUGGAGACUUCUUCUGGUACAUCAACGGCAUCUGGCUGCUUCCUGUUCAGGUCACUCUUGCUCUCGUCAUUCUUUACAGGAAUCUUGGUGCUGCAGCAUCUUUCUCCACGCUCCUCACAACAAUCAUGAUAAUUGUGAGCAACACCCCACUGGCCGAAUCUCAAAAGAAGCUUCACUCCAAGAUUUUGGAAGCCAAGGAUGCCAGAAUAAAGGCAACAUCAGAGACGUUAAAGUGUAUUAGGAUCCUAAAGCUUUACUCAUGGGAGAGUGUUUACAUGUCUAAGAUACUUCGUCUAAGAGAAGUUGAAGGAGGUUGGUUGAAGAGGUAUCUUUACACUUGUUCUGCAGUCGCCUUUCUCUUCUGGGCAUCUCCGACUUUGGUUUCGGUCAUCGCCUUCGGUGUCAGCAUUCUAGUCAAAAUCCUAUUGACACCAGGUACUGUUCUCUCUGCUCUUGCCACUUUUAGAAUACUUCAGGAACCCAUCUACAAUCUCCCAGAGCUCGUUUCAGUGAUCACUCAGACAAAGGUCUCAAUGGAUCGAAUACAGGAAUUCAUUCGAGAAGACAAGCAAAAGAACCCAAAUUCAUGCUAUAACACAGAUCACUCAGAAAUAGCAGUCGAGAUUGAACCCGGGGAGUACAGUUGGCAACAGGACUUGAGCACGGGAAAACCAACUGUUGAAGUUGAUAAAAACCUCAAGAUAAUGAGAGGAGAAAAGAUAGCCGUGUGUGGAUCAGUUGGAUCAGGGAAAUCUAGCUUCCUCAGUAGUUUAAUAGGAGAAAUCCCAAAGCUUUCAGGUGUAGGCACGAAGGUUUUUGGCUCGAGAGCAUAUGUACCUCAGAGUGCUUGGAUUCAAACAGGAACAAUCAUACAGAAUGUUCUGUUUGGAAAGGAGAUGGAAAGGGCAUGGUAUGAAGAAGUGAUUGAAGGGUGCGCAUUGGAUAGUGACAUUAAAUUAUGGGCAGAUGGGGACAUGACUGUUGUGGGGGAGAGGGGCAUGAACCUGAGCGGAGGCCAGAAGCAAAGAAUUCAGAUGGCAAGAGCUAUAUACAGCAAAUCAGAUGUUUAUUUGCUGGAUGACCCUUUCAGUGCUGUCGAUGCUCGCACUGGAGCACAUCUCUUCAAGGUUAUGAAGGAUGGAAAGAUCGUACAGUCUGGGAAGUACGAAGAGUUAAUAGCCAGUGUUGAUGGUGAGCUCGUGCGACUAAUUGCAGCACAUAAGAAGUCACUAAACCAAGUUAUUCCGCAUAUGGAGCAUAACCUUGCAGCAAUAAAACCAUAUAGGAAAAUUGAUUUUGAGUUAACUGAAGAGAAACCUAUCAAUCAGAUAAGAAAUAGUGAAUCCUUGUACCGUACUCAUGAGGAAGAGAGGGAAUCUGGACGGGUUAAAUAUAGCAUUUACCGCACAUUUGUGACUUCAUCAUAUAAGGGAGCACUAGUUCCAGUAAUUCUGUUUUGUCAAAUUCUCUUCCAGGGACUGCAGAUGGCCAGCAAUUACUGGAUUGCCUGGGCAACCGAAAAGAAUGAUAGAAUAAGCAGGGGAAAGUUGAUAGGAAUAUUUGUUCUACUGUCUGCAGGUAGCUCUCUUUUUAUGCUGGGGAGGGCAGUGUUACUGGCAACAAUAGCAAUUGAGACGGCACAAUGUAUUUUCCUUAAAAUGACUACAAAACUUUUCCGGGCUCCCAUCUUCUUUUUCGAUUCAACGCCUACAAGUCGAAUCAUUAAUAGGACUUCUACAGACCAAAGUAUACUGGAUACAGACAUUCCAUACAGACUAGCUGGAUUGGUAUUUGCGCUUGUGCAGCUCAUUUGCAUCAUAAUUCUAAUGUGCCAAGUUUCCUGGACAGUAUUCGUUCUUUUUAUUAUUGUACUUGCUGUCUCCGUGUGGUACCAAAAUUACUACAUCAGCACAGCGAGGGAACUGGCAAGAAUGACUGGCAUAAGGAAGUCUCCAAUUCUUCACCAUUUCUCAGAAACUAUAGCGGGCGCUCCGACCAUUCGAUGCUUCAAUCAGGAAGACCGCUUUCUGGCACAGAACUUUGAUUUGGUCGAUGACUAUUCUCGCAUUACUUUUCACAAUUCUGCCACCAUGGAAUGGCUCUGCCUUCGAAUUAACUUUUUCUUCAACCUUGUUUUCUUCCUUGCACUCAUGAUGUUGGUGUAUGUGCCUAGGAAGUCAAUCGAUCCCAGUCUUGCAGGACUUGCUGUUACAUAUGGCUUAAAUUUAAACGUAUUGCAAGCUUGGGUGAUAUGGAACCUCUGCAAUGUGGAGAACAAGAUGGUAUCUGUGGAGAGAAUACUGCAGUUUUCCAGCAUAACCUGUGAGGCGCCAUUGGUAAUUGAGAACAACAGACCAGAGCAAGAAUGGCCAAAAUAUGGAACCAUAGAGCUUGAAAACCUUCAUAUUCAGUAUAACACAGGACUUCCUAUGGUUCUAAAAGGCAUUAGCUGCAUAAUCCCAGGGGAGAAGAAAGUUGGUGUUGUAGGCAGAACUGGAAGUGGGAAAUCCACACUGAUACAAGCUAUUUUCAGAAUGGUGGAACCAUCUUUAGGGAGGAUCAUAAUUGACGGCAGAGAUGUUUGCAGUAUUGGAUUGUCUGAUCUGAGAUCCCGGCUAAGCAUAAUUCCUCAGGAUCCAACACUGUUCCAAGGAACAGUGAGGACAAAUUUGGAUCCUUUAGAAGAACAUUCAGAUUUAGAAAUCUGGGAGGCUCUACGCAAGUGUCAGCUGGUGAAAAUCAUCAGACAAGACAGCAGACUGCUGGAUGCUCCAGUUGCAGAAGAUGGAGAAAAUUGGAGCAUGGGGCAGAGACAACUCACCUGCCUUGCAAGGGUUUUGCUUAAGAAUAGAAAGAUUCUUUUUUUGGAUGAGGCUACAGCGUCAGUAGACACCGCAACAGAUAGUUUUAUUCAGAAGACCAUAAGAGAAGAAACUGGUUGUUGCACUGUAAUCACAGUGGCACACAGAAUUCUCACUAUAAUUAACUGUGAUUUAGUUAUGGUGCUCAAUGAAGGAAAGAUUUUGGAGUUCGGAUCACCUAGUGAGCUUCUCGCAGAUAAAUCGUCAGCCUUUACACAAUUGACAUUGGAGUUCCUUGGAAGAUCUAAAUGUAACCAAAAUGUAUAGGUCACUUGAGAAUGGAAAUACAUGGAGCUUCUUGAGGCCAUACUGUGUUACUUUAAUUUAAAUAUUUGAUAGCAGCGAACAAAAGAAAGAAAAGUAGAGGCAUAUAGUCAGAAGAAGACAUGGUCAACUGAUAAGUCGACUCAUUCUUUAGUUGAACUUGUCAUAUUUGGG